UAAAAACAAUCGUAAAGUGAUGCAUACUGACCUAUCUCCGCAUUUACAUUCGGCCGAAUGCAAUGAAAUAAUCGAUCAGUUGAAAAAGUGCCAUUCUGAGAAUAAAUUCAUCAAAUUUCUUGGAGUGUGUAAUGAUCUGGACCGCCAAAUGAUAGUUUGCCUACGGAAUGAAAGGAAAACUCGCCAAAAACUAAAUCGGGAAAAGGCCCUGGAAAAGCAGAAUCGUGUACAACAGCUGAUGAGAGAACAGCAAGGAUAA